GUCAAGUCAAACAUUUCGAGUUUAAAUGUCAUCACUAACAUCAAUGUCAAAUUUACCCUCUUAGCUACACGAUCUAUUUUUUUUAGCCAUUGGAAUAACUAGAACUGGGUUGGGUUUCUUAAAAGUAUCGAAUGCUUUGAUUUAUCGAUACUCUAAAUAAUCGAUAUUUCCUGCCCUAUCUCUACGUCACUUGUCCCUUAAGCUUACCAAGAAACUAAAGCCCGGAUCUCAUGACCUGGACGUCUGCUAUUGUUGGUUUACAACAACAAAAAAUUUAAACCUUUUGUAUUCAAACUAGGGUUUGAAAUUUACAAACAGCAGUUUUUAAUAAAUAUUAAGAUAUUUUUUUAGGUGACAUUUAUUUAAUUGCAAAUUCUAACCACAGCCAAAGUAAACAAACAAGUUUAUAACACAUACAUUCUUCUAUGGAUUAUUUAAACAGAUCAAUAGUUCUAGCUACAGUUUUAGCUGUUUAUUUCCUGUGUCCUUCACAUCAACAAACUGCAGCCCCUAAUAACAAGUGCAUUGAGGACUUUACCAACGCUCUCUUUGGUUGCGUGAAAGACUCUGGAAUCAGUACCGGAAAUUUUCUGUGGUUUACUACAAACGGGACAAGCGCCAAAUCGGAGGCACCCGCGAAUGCAGACGCCUUCAAGACACAGAUUUGCGGCGUUCAGCAAGCUAUGGGCGCAUGCGCAUUGCAAAAGGUUGGUGCAGUAGUGAACACUACGUCAUGUAUUGGCACCUCCGCAAGUACUAGUCAGGUGGAGACAAUCACAAAGCAGCUGACCAAUCUCUUUGGUACUUACGACGUAAAAUGCAUGCAUCCUUGUAGGAACACUUUAAUACCAGAUCUUCAGCAGUGCUACACCAGCAACGGCGUGGAUUCAAAACUCUUCGCUUCUAACUCUUCUUCGGGGGCGGCCAUAGGAACGAACGAGGGUGAGACCUCCAAAUUCUGCGGCGUCAGAGAAAAACUUAUUGCCUGCAUGAAAGAGAAAUCUGACGCUUGUCCAGAAGGUCCUCGAAUCCUGGCAGUACUUGGCUUGAACUACACCGUGUUCAGCAAGAUGACCGAGAUGUUAUGUGGCAAUGUUCAGUCUUACCUGAGUGGUUUGUCUUGCUUCGCUGAGACUACAAAUGAUGUCCAGGUGUGUCAACAGAAACAGGCCCAGUCUAUGACGCAGCUCAACGUUCAGGCCACUCAAGGCAACUGGACAGAAGAUAGGUUCUUCUCUUCUUAUUGCGAAAUCGGCAUAGAACAAAUCGGAUGUGACAUCACUGCCUGGUCCAAGAAGAACCACGAAGCAUGUGUCCCACAAGUCAUUGCACUUAGGAAGAAGCUGGAGUGCGAAUUCUUGCCUCAGCAAUGUAAAACUAACACAAAGCUGAUGGAGAGAUCAGACAACGUGUGUAACCCAACCAAACUUGGGAGCAGCGCCCUCUCUUCUGGAAAAGGAAACUGCCAAGCCUUUCUUUUGCUUAUAAUCCUAGCCUUAUCUUUGGUUAUCUCCAUGUAAUUUAAUUAAUAAUAAUUGCAAUUCAAUAAUUUAAAAGGAAAUUGUACAUUUUUAUAUUAUUAAUGGUUUUUUUUGCUACACAGGUAUGUUUUGUUGAGAUACUGUGGUAAGAUUGCCAGACUCACUCUUGUGUUUCUAAUGUGUUUAAGGUUUGCAGUUACAAACCAAGGUUUUCCUACUGAUAUCAUUUUAUGGACAGCUUUUUAUCAACGUAUGGCGAUAUAUGAGCUUGAUACAGAUUGAGCAUAUUUCGCAAUGUAGGAUCAAAUCGAUGACAAUAUGACGACAUUGAUUUUGGGAUUUCCAAUCAAUGAAACUGAUUAGCAUGCAUGAAUGGUAAGGGUGUCAUGUCUGCAUACAACGAACGAUAAUGAAAACUCUAAAGACAAUGAAUACUUUUUUAAGCUUCAUGUACGAGCGACUAGUUAGUAUAUGUAUUCAUUUUAAUCUCUCAAAAUCAGUUGGGCUGAGAUAAUUUUUCUGAAGACAAAAAUAGAAUAUGCAUAACAUCUUUUAUUUGCUUUAAUGUGGCUGUCAGUUUUACAUUGGUAUAAAUAAGCAGCAUGCAUAUCUGUAGCAGUUGUAGUAACAAUAGGUCACUGCUACAUUGCGGAAUUCCACGAGAAAAUGUCUGACAAAAAUAUCUGUCACUGAAGAGACCAACUACAACACUGCACAAUGAGAAUUGUCUAUAAAAAAUGUAUGUGUGUGUGUCUGUAAUGUUUAAUGUGUUUGUACUAUUGUUUUAACGCAUUACUUUAACUUUAGUUCAAUUCUGCACUGCAUUGUUUUCAUAAUAUAUAAUCUUCAACGGACAGCAGGAAAUCCGCCUGUUCUAUACAUCAUAAUUCUCUCAUUGUAUUAUUUUAUGUGUUUUAUGCUUUGAUUUUGAAGUAAUAUUCAUCGAUCUUCCUUUAUUUAAUUUUUUUUUACAAUACCUCUAUUGUAAUACCUCCAGAACUUCAUGGAACCAUCUGGAACCUGCACGGGCGUUGAUCUCAAAAAACGGCUCUUACGAUUAUCCUAGAAAUUAAACAAUUGGUGUAUAUCGCUGAAAAAAAAAGUUGACCACACGUAGAAACUGUUAAUUUGAUCGUUUUUCAAAGUAAAGAAUAAAUAAAUGUAAAUUUGGCUUGAAAACUAGACUUAGAUCUAUAGCCAACAUCGGUUUUGAAAGGACUGUCGCGUUCUUGUAAGCAUUAUCGCCUUCGGGAAUUUCCGAAAAUGGGGUGUUAUUGAUUCAUGAGUUAUCUACAUUAAUGUUAUAAAGAAAAUUUUGCGCAUCGUCUUCUAAGUCUAGAUUUAAAAACGUAUCAUUGGAAUUAACUAAUUUAAAAAAAACAUUGCCUAGUCAGCUUAGGUGUACGAUUGCGGAGUUGUUUAUUAAAUUUAAAGAUGCUAUAAGUUUGUUGAUAGAUUACCUAAGCUUUGCUUUUACUUUUACGUAAAUCUACUUUAGAUUACGUCUUUAUUUUAGAUCUUAAGAGUUCUACGUGUAAUGAAGGUACCUUUAAAUAAUUCGUUUCUUAUACAAUUCCCGCUGGCCGAAUCGGUAACGUUGUUCAGGCAGAGCUGACGAUGUCAUACUCACGGUUCGAUUUUUUUUUAAUCUUCAAAUACUAUUUCAAUACUAUUUUAACUUGUAUAAUGGAGGUAUUGUCUUUUAAAAAAAUGUAUUUUCUUGUUUUAAUUUAUUUUAUUGAUUAUUUUCUUUAUAAAUAAUAACGGAGUGUCA